AUGGGCCUGUCGACGACUGGGACUCUAGUAAAACCCUCGUCCAGUCUCGUGUAUACGUUAAAUCUGUACUACGUGCUCAAAUACAACGAUAUCAUCUCCCUCAACACACUGGUUCGCUUACAACACUCUGCAUUUGCGGUGAUAAUUUGUGAAGGAUGGGCCCGGUGUCGGAAAAUGGGCCUUGUGAUCCUCGAUGCACGUUUGCAUUGGCGGCAGGCGGCGCACGAACAAGACGUAGCUCUUGGCUUCUGGCCUAGCACUUCUGUAUCAGCGGAUCCGGUGCCUCCUUCUCUCAAUGCCUCAACUCUGGAAGAUGAUCUGGAUAUUGACCUCGAACCGCCGCCACCUCAAAACCAUCACGACGACGAUGAUACAACUCUGCCAACCUGGGGUCUGCCUAAUCACGAAGCGUUCGACUAUGGCGCGUUGAAUCAAGAAUCCUUCCAGAGUGACCUAGAGCUUGACGAUAACAGUGACUUCGGAGUUGAGACUGCCCCCCAGACCCCAAUAUACGAUCCUGAAAUGGAUUGGGCUUCUGACUUGGGCUACACGUCUGGUGAAGCAGCCGAUAUCGAGACAGACACGGAUUCGCACCCGGAACUUGAUGACCUGCUCCCUAUAUCUCCAGCAAACUCUCGAGCGGCCUCGCCCACCGUUGGGCUGAAUAUAGGUCAGAUAGGAAACAAUCUUGAAGACGAGGCGCCUCAGGUCCCGCUUACCCCUGACGCUCCAGAUUUGGAGUUGAAUGAAGAAACAGCACAAGAGCCCAACAUUGACACUCCGAUGGAUCGCAGCGAGUUACCUGAUGGGCUGCGUGUAUUCAAAGAGCUGUUACUCAAAUUUUCGAGCGACGGUAACCUAACAGUUACGGCUGCAGAAGCUUUCCUGAAAACGAUCAAUAUGUGUCUGGAGAAAGGCCUAUUACAAUGUGGCUCUGAGUCGAACCCAGCGCAUCGACUACCAAUGACGUUGGAGACACUACAGCAACAUGCCGGCGAUCCUCCCGACAUUAUGAAUGUCUACGCUAAGACAAUUCGGCACCGUGGUUCACGUAAAGUCACCUAUUGCUACACGCCAAUCCUACGAUAUGCAUUUGGCUCUGUGAAGCGUCAGUUGAAGUCAAUACUCAAACGUCCUGGAAUCUUGGAAGCUAUCAAUAAGCACCGGGAAUACCUUAGGAGAGAAGGCAAACCAGACAACGUACUCGAAGAUAUUCAAGAUGGUGAGCUCUGGCGGAACUUUCAGAAAGGUGAUACCAAGUUUUUCGAAAACCCUCACAACAUCGGGCUCAUUUUGAUGUGCGACGGCUUCUCACCUGCUACACGGCAGGGUGCCGCGUCGUACUCCAUGGGUGCUAUCAGCAUAAACCGGCCGGAAAACAAAAUUCUUGUUGGGGUAACACCUGGCCCACAUGAGCCAAAUGUCAACACAAUAAAUAACUUCUUGAAGCCAAUGGUUUCUGAGUUACUUGAACUCUGGAAGGAGGGUAUGUCUAUAACUCAUCCUGACGGAACACUGGAAGUGGUCUUUGCUGCUCUAGUUGCAUGUGCUUGCAAUACGCCUGCCACACGGAAGGUUGGUGGGUUUCCUGGCACAGGUGCUCAAUAUCCAUGUACUGCGUGCUGGUGCUUGCAUAAGGAGUUUGAUAGAUACAACAAAAAGUUUCCACGUAGAUCCAGAAAGGAGCAUAAAUGCGCAUCCAAGGCAUACAAACUGCUGCCUAAUAAAACGCAGAAAGAAAACUUCAUAUCUGCAGAUUUCCAGAAGGACAAGCCUGGUGGCUACCGGUACAGUGUGUUGCUACGCUUACCAUACUGGGAUCCUUCCACUAUGGUUAUAGUUGACCCUAUGCACUGUUUAUUCCUGGGCCUUGUAGAUUUUCAGUUUCAUAAGAUAUGGGUGGAAAUGGAUCACUUACAACAAGGAAAAGAGUUAAAGGAGCUUCAGAACAUGAUUGAUUUGGCAAGUACAAUACAACCCAGACACUGUGGGCAACCGCCAGUUGGUAUUGGAACAAGUUCAGCUGGAUCCUUGACUUCCGAUCCUCUCCAAAGUCUGGCAACAAUUGACCUUCCAAUAGCAAUUCCUAUUCUAUGGGAUAAAGUUGAUAUCAGCAGUGUAGAGCAGCAAACACACAAGGCAUGGGCAAAACUCAAAGAAGCAGAGGAAAAGAAGAAAGCCAAGCUGAGAAAAGGUGACAAAGUGACUUGUAACGCUGCAAAAGCCCAGCAGCAGGCCUUAACAAACACCAAUCCAACUACACGCCCUAAAAAACAACAACGUACCACUUGA